AUGGUGGCGGGCAGCAAACGAACUGCUGCAGACGCCGGACUUUUUCCACCAGCCUUGAAAGCUGGGCAGACAGUUCUGAAUACCACCAAACCCCUGCCGAAGCCGCAUUCGCCUCAACGUCAACCAUCCCCAUUUGUCGAUAUGCAGACGGCAAGGUCGGCCGACCCUGCUCAAGACUCGAAAGUAGGUGAGGAUGAAGGAGAUUGGUUGGUUGCAGAGUCCAGGUCUUCGCGGAAGAAGAGGCGCAAAGUGCAGCAUGACCCAGAAGGUCAGCCCAGCAUUGCUUUCCUCGAUACCAGACCUGCCCGCAUCCAACUGAAGGCAUUGCAAGAACUUGUUCUGUAUCUUCUGGCCGAUGGAGCCGCGCCCUCGUGGCUGGCAAUCAAGAACGCCCGCCGCAUUGAGAAAGUAGUUGUCUUGAUGAUACCCGGUCUUGACCGUGAACUGCUUGAGAAGUCGGACCUAUUGGCCAGCGCUUCUACAGCCGGGGGAACAGGUCCUGACACCGGUCACAGCAGAUCCAUAGAGUCGGCCAAUGUCUCAUCCACCAGCAUACCUUCACUGGACGAAUCAGACGCUCCAGAUGUCGACAUCCCUUCUGAGGAGGAAUUGACUCGCCGUCUUCUCCAACAUGUUUUUGAAGUCAAAGCGCCCGGGGACUCACGAGCAAACAGAGUACACUCGCCGUUGCAGGGCAUGCUUAUCGCACCGCUCCCCGAAACAAAGGACGAAGGCGGCAAAGACGAGAGGUUCUUCCAAUCGGCAAGGACGUCAAUUGCAACCUUCGUUCACACUGCCGAGGAGCUUCGGGAAGCAGAAUACCCGAUUCAUCACGCAGCAUUCACCGACGCAAAAGACGCACAGCUAGAGAGAGAUCGAAGAGAGCAGACGUCACAAUCAGCUUCGGCAGGAUGGGUCGAUACGAACGUGUCGGUCUCACAGCCACGUAUUCCCUCUACAUUUCGCUCCGAAGACGCAGUAACACAAGGUCUCCAACCAUAUGCUGUUGACUGCGAGAUGGUCCUGACCGACGACGACAAGUCCUCGCUCGCUCGAAUCUCGGUGGUCGACUGGCACGGCAAGACCGUUCUCGACAAGUACGUGAAACCCGCCCUGCCGAUCAAAAACUAUUUCACGCAGUAUUCGGGCAUCACGCCACGGCAUUUGGAGGAUGUGACAACCACGCUGGAAGACAUCCAGCGCUCUCUACUAGAGCUUCUCGGUCCCGACUCAAUUCUGCUCGGACACUCGCUGGAAUCCGACCUGAACGCGCUGAAACUCACGCACCCAUUCAUCAUCGACACCAGCAUCAUCUACCCGCACCCACGCGGUCUGCCGCUUCGAUCGUCCCUCAAGUUUCUGGCGAAUCGAUACCUGAAGCGUGAGAUCCAGAAGCAAGGCCUCAACGGGCACGAUUCGGUGGAAGAUGCUCGUGCAGUCCUCGACCUCGUCCGGCUCAAGUGCGAAAAGGGUCCACGAUGGGGCACUCUGGACGCAAAUGGCGAGAGUAUCUUUCGUCGAAUCGGCCGGAGUGUGCGUCCCGAUGGAUCAGGCAAGCUGAGAGAAACGGCCAUUGUCGAGUACGGCACGCCAGAGAGAGGCUUCGGAAGGGACGCCACGUACAAAAUCGCUUGUGAGAAUGACGACGAAAUUGUCCAGGGCGUGCUGCGAGCCGCUCAUGGUGGCGACACUAGUCCUGACAUGCCAGCUGACAGCACCACCCAUCCAGCGGACGAAAUCCCGGCCGGUGGUGUCGACUUCAUCUGGUCGCGUCUCCGCGAUCUCGAAGCUGUGCGAGGCUGGAACAACCUACCGCAAUCCUCAACAACAUCAACCACAGGCGAGGCGUCUACCAGCAACAACACAGAAACCACCACUAACGCAGUCGACGACCCUUCGACAGACUCCACCUCGACCACGACCUCGAACUCCGCAGAUCUCCACGCCGCCGCCUCACUCACUCUGACCCGAUUACGUACGCUCUUCGCUUCUCUCCCACCUCGCACGCUGCUCGUCGCGUACAGCGGCACCAGCGACAUGAGGCCGGUUUUGCAUAUGCAGCAACUACAUGCGCAGUAUCGACGGGAGUUCAAGGUGAAGAAGUGGGACGAGUUGAGCGUGCAAUGGACGGAUGUUGAGGAGCAGAAACUGCGGCUCGCUGUGGACAGGGCGAGGAAAGGUGUAGGGCUGCUUGCACUCAGAUGA